AACUUAGCCCUGGGAUGAAUGAGAACUGGUCCAUCCAGCUUUCUUCUUCCUCCCAUAAUCUGCGCCCCUGGAGUUAUGCAGGGACACUAGUGGCAGGUCCAUUUAGCUCAGGUUAAAGCAGGUCCUGGUUUGUGGAGCAGACUCGUAUGGCUUCCUGCGCAGGAGGGCAGGGAGAUCAGUGCUGGGCUGGAUCUGAAAGCUGCUGAUAGCUUUGCAGCCGGGGCUGAUGCUGGUAACUGUCGGGUUAAACUGGCAGCGGCUGGAUCUUGUGGUUUUUGGAAUCUUCUCUCUGCCUGCUCAGAAACGCCCAUUGCACAACUUCCCCCAGGCCCCGUUGCACAGCGGGCACUGUGCACGCUGCCUGGGGGGAGGGAGCAGUGCACGUCUCUGGAGCAGCGGGGUUUGUCCCGGUGCUAGAUGCUCAUUCCAGCAUCAGGGGAGCACCUGGCGCUCCGCUCUAGCGCUCAGCACGUUCCGUGCCCUGAAGAGCUUUUGACUGGGUACAAGACGAGGCAAAGAGCAGGGACGUUUGCAGAACCUGAAUUCCUGAGACGUGCUGGGCUGUGUGAUUUCCGGGGCAGCUCUGCAUUUUCGACUUACGCACUCCUUCCUUGUAAUAGGAACAGCCAGUUGUUCCCUCUCCCCCACUUCUGUAUCAGUGCAGUUGAGCAGGGGGCUGUUUUUAAUCACAGGAUUCCAAAGGGAUCCGCCAUCCUGACUUGUGACAUGCCUGCUCUGUGCCAGCUGCCACAGGGUGACUGCCAGGAGGUCCUCCCAAGGGUGCAGUACGGGACUCUUGCUCCAGUAACACUUCAGUCACUUACCUUGUCCCAUGGUCCCCUGAGAUUAACCCCCUGAAGGGGCUAGAGGAAGCAGCAUCAGGCUGGCUGGGAGGAUGAGGAGCCGGUAGGACAUUCUGGGUUGUAUCUGGAGCAGUGAGGGGCUGUCACCACUUGCCCUGCAGCCUGGGGUGCCUCCCAAUGCUUUGCUACUGUAGGUCCCAACCUGGGCUCCUCAAACAGCCAAACAGCAUGCAGGUCACACCCUGAGUGUGUGUGUGUAGCCACAGCCCUAGGCCAGCAGCUCUGACCCCAGCAGCCUGUCAGCAACACACCAGCCACACUCUGGCUUCCAGGAGCCUUGGGUUACAAUCUUCAGGGUGAUCCCAGCACACUCCCAGUCCUGCAUUCCCCCCACUUUCUCCCUCUACACAAAGGUGGUUCUGCACUGUUCAGCCCUCUCCUCCUCAACAACCAUCUGCUCCUGUAAAUGAAGUUACCCAACCAAUUCACAACGCUGGAUUCGUUUUAAUUAAAGAAUGAAACAAAUUUGUUUAUUUACAAGGAGGGAGAUUUUGAGUGAGUACAAGCAUAAGGCAUUAAAGUCGGAAAUGCUUACAAGAGAGAUAAAGAUGAAAGCGUUCGGACGUGCACGCUCAGUACAUUGUCCCACUGCACCGCCCCUGCUCAAGCCCUGGCUGCUGGAGUUCAGCAUGCUGGGCCCUGGUAGGACAGUUCCAGCCCCAGCACACCAAAAUGUCGGCUCUCUGGUAAAGGAUGUUGUCUCUUUCAGCAAUGGCUGGCUGUGGGGAUCCCUGCUCCAGCAGCUCUGGACUCCUCGUUGCCCUUUGCCUGGCAUAGCUCAGGCUGUUGGAUUCGGUUUUGGAUCCACCAGUCUAUGAGGGCUGAGAGAAUGGCUGCGUCUGUGAUGGGCCAGGCCAUGAUCACCCACGUGCUGGUGGCCCUUUUCGGAAUGGGCUCCUGGGUCGCCGUGAACUCCUUGUGGGUGGAGCUCCCCGUGGUGGUGAAGUGGCUUCCAGAAGGCUGGAAUCUCCCUGCAUACCUCUCAGUCCUCAUCGCCCUGGGGAACGUGGGCCCCCUUGCUGUCACCCUGGCUCACAAGCUGGCCCCUGGGUGGCUGAAGGAGCGCUGGGUCAUCCAUGCCAUCCAGGUGCUGGGUGUGGUGGCAGCCCUCUUCAUGGCUCUCUUCUGGCACCGGACGGCGAUGGUGGCGGGGGAGCCCCACAGUCUGGCCUUCCUGCUCCUGGCCUUCCUCCUGGCCUUCGUCUGCUGCACCUCCAAUGUCACCUUCCUGCCCUUCAUGUACCAGUUCCCCCAGCAGUUCAUCCGCACCUUCUUCGUCGGCCAGGGCCUGAGCGCUCUCUUCCCUUGCGUGGUGGCCCUGGCCCAAGGGGUGGGCAAGCUGGAGUGCCGCAACGCCACCUCCGGCAACGGCUCCCAGCCCCACUACCUGGAGGAGAACUUCCCGGCGGACACCUACUUCUGGCUGAUGUCCGCCAUGCUCGCUGUCUCAGCGCUCUCCUUCCUGGGGCUGAUCCUGCAGCGCAGCUGCACCAGCAGCUCCACCGCCGGCCAGGAGAGCUCUUCCAAGGGCAGCGUGGAGACGGAGGAGUCCUUCCCACUGCAGGACGGCACCCCCACGUCGGACAGCGCCGCGGAGAUCGCCAAGGACGCCCGCCCCCCGGCCCAGGCCACCUCCUUCUGGACGGGCCGGAACAUCUGCCUGCUGGUGCUGCUGGGCGUCUCCAACGCGCUGACCAAUGGUGCGCUGCCCUCGGUGCAGAGCUACUCCUGCCUGCCCUACGGGAGCACGGCCUACCACCUCUCCGUGGUGCUCAGCAACAUCGCCAACCCCGUGGCCUGCUUCAUCGCCAUGUUUGUGCUGUGCAGGUCAGCGGUGGGCUUGGGCGUCAUCUCUGUGCUGGGAGGCGUCUUUGCGGCCUAUCUGAUGGCGCUGGCCGCGCUCAGCCCCUGCCCUCCCCUGCUGGGCAAUGCCGCAGGAGUCGCCCUGGUGGUGCUGUCCUGGAUCCUGUUCCUGGGCCUCUUCUCCUACCUCAAGGUGGUGAUCGGCAGCCUGCUGCACGAGGCCGGCCAUGCGGCACUGGUGUGGUGUGGAGCGGUCAUCCAGGUGGGCUCCUUGGUGGGGGCCCUGGCCAUGUUCCCCAUUGUCAGCAUCUAUCACCUCUUCCAGAGCGGGCAGGACUGUACCGACAGCUGCGGGGCAUGAGCUGGGGGCAGGACACGGCAGCCCCAUGGGGGGCUCUGCCCGGAUGGAGCUGGCACCCGCUGGCCUCUGCCUUAGGGACGUAAGAAUUGCUGUAGAGGUUCAGAGCACUGGGCCAUCUCGUCCCGCGGCUCCUGGCCAGUAGCUGAUGCUUCAGAGGAAAAGCCCCUGGUGCCCCGGCCAGCUGGGAACCUCUGCCCUCCCAGGGGAAGGCUGGCUCCUCCCCUGCUGCUCGGAGCACCGAGGGCUGUGGGCCGGUCACGCUAUCCUACAGACCAGGGGCUCGGAGGCCUGCCCAGCCCUGCUGCCUGGGGAGAGGGGUAGCAGCCCUGCCUUGCGGCCUGGUUCCCUGGGGCUGGCAGCUGCUGCACUCGCUGCUUCUCUGGCUGAUUGUUAGGACGCACAGAGCUUGGGGUGGGGGGGGGGCCCCCUUUGCUGACGCUGCUGCCAAUGUCCCACUGUCAGAGCUGGGGGCCCCUGUGGCGCAGGACUAGGCUCCACGGGGUGUCAUUCCCCCCUGCAGGGGAUCCCACAGCAAUGGCCGCUGACUGGAUGGAGCCGCUGGGCGCCCUUCUCCUGCACCGUUCCACUUGCUCUGCAGCCUCCCCCAGCCAUCCCAGCCCCCGCCCAGUGCUCUCAACACACGUUAAUCCUGAGCACCCGCAGCCCCUGCUGCCCCCGCCCUGGGCAUCCCUUCCCGCACCCUGCCCCCAGCGCUGCAUUCCUGGGGCCUCUCCUCGGCACUGACCGAGCCCUCGGCUGAGCCUGGGGUUCUGGCGGACGUUAACGCUGGGGCUGGGGCUGCCCUGUGUUCAAUACCCUCUGUGCUGUGUUAGCCCCACGGAAUCCGGCCCCCUGCGGGCCGGGGAAUUAACCCCUGCUCACUGAAGAGUGGUGGGAUUGUGGGGAGCCCAAGGAGGGGCUGGGCUCUGAUCCCAGCCAGUGCAGCCUGCUCCCUCCAGUCUGCCCCAGAGCUGGUGUCUGUGUCCCGCCUUCAGGAGGAUGUUCCCCAGCCACCUCCUGGGGGUGGGGGGUGCCCUGAUGCCCAGCCAGCCCCAUGCUUCGCUCCCAGCAGCCUCUUCUCCAGCACGGAGCUGAUCAGCCUCAGCCCAGGGAGUUUAUCUUGGCAGGACAAUGGGCAAACUGUUUUGCCUGACCCUCUGCAGGUCUGCAUGGCUCCUGCCCCACAAAAUUGUGGGGGGGGAUGGGGGUUCCCCACUGCUUUGGCGGGGGGAGGCGCUCCGCUCCCUGAGCAGCCUGGGACCAAAGCCAGCAGGGAACCUCCAUGCAGAAAUCUACAGCCUUGCGGGUCUCCUAAGCCAUGCCCCGUCUUUCCUGCCUGUGCAGGGUGGCACACGCUGCCUGGUUAUUAGCCGUGUCACCUCCACGUGCCCUGUUGAAUGUUGCCCGGUGUGCUCAUGCCACUGUGUCUUACUGGCUCCUGCAGGGGCUCCAUGGGGUUUUGCUUGGGGCGGGCAGGCGGGCAAGCAGCAAUCUGUCCCUGUGGCGUUAGAAAGAUGGUGAUUUUGUGUAGAUGCUGACCACCCCCCCCCCCCCCCGGCCCAUGGGCCAAGCAGGGGGGUGGAACAGGAAUAAAGUUUCGUAUCACAAUCA